ACUAAAACAUUUACAAUUCACUCAUAAAACAUUAAAACCAGUUGAAAAGUUCAAGAUAUGGUUAAUUUUGUGCGCUAAAAGUGAUUCUUGGAUUGAAAAAAUUGAAAGUUCAUACCUUUGGCCAAAGGUUUUGUAGAGGCCUUAGGUUUGUACAUUUUUAUAGGUUGUAUUUCAGUAGAUUUACCAAUCUAUAGAAUGUAGAAUGACAUAACUAUUUUACAUUCUGUAGUUUUCAACUGGUUUUAAUGUUUUAUGAGUGAAUUGUAAAUGUUUUAGUAUUAGGUGAGAAUAACCCGAGAAUCUCAGUUUUGGUAAAACUCAAUUUUCACCAGGUUUUGGAAUUCUCUUCCAAUGAACAUCGUCAUCAGAUUCAGUAUGGUUGAUUAUGUAUGUUUUAUGCGAUUUCAAGAUUAUCCUAUGCCGGCGGCUACCAAAUCCUAAAGCCCCAAGAGAAUCCGAUACCACGCCAGAACGGCUAAAAAUCAAGGUGUCACUUAACUCUCAUUUUGAACAAUAUACUCUUCUGGUCUACCUAUCCAUGAAAAAAAUGAAAAUACUCUUAGUUAAAGUUAUGGAGGCAUGACUUAUUUUCGCGAAGAUCUCCUAGAAAACCUGCUUUCAAAAACGAUUUUGAAAUUCAUUUUGCUAACCAAACAAUAUCUCUCGAAUGGCGAAAACCGCAACUCUCUAUCUGUCUUUGUUAGAAGUUAUUCAAAAAGGUUAUGUUGAUCUCGUAUUCUGAAAAGAAUAAUACGUCAUGGGGCUUGUUACUGUUUUUCAGGAAUAUUUAAUCCAGCAAACAACAGAAAAAUUAUUGAUAAAUAAUAAUCGUUCAACUCUACGUUCCUUAUCAAAAGUCGAUCUUGAGUACGAACAGUUGAAAAUAGGAUAAUUCAUAGAAAAGCUAAUACGUAUAUCAUUUCUUUUAGGUAUCGAACGAAGCCGAGAAGAGACUCAGACGAUGAAGACAGCGAUAGUAAUAACUCAGAUAAAUUGAAUGAAGCUGACGAUUAUCCCGAGGAGGAAGACGAAGAAGAAUCUUAA